AUGGACAACGACAACACCGGUUUUUAUGUUGCUGUUGUUUUGCUGGUCGCCGCCGUCUUUGCAGCGCUCGUCUGGUACUUCUCUCAGCCAUGCCGCCAGGAUACUGCUCAUGCACAGCAAAGUAUCUCGGACAGACACCAGGAACAAGGAGUCGCUUGGAAUCCGCUACAAGGGGCACGUGCUCAGGUUCUUCAACGAGUAAACCAGCCACAGGAGGACCGACAACCAGCUGCUGACACGAUUUUUUAA